AUGCCGAACACCGGUUUGGGGAACGGGCCAACUCCAAUUCUACAACGCGUUGGACUUGCAGGCGCUGCAGCGCGCUUUGCGCAACGUUCCUAUGCCGCCGACUACAUUGCAUUGGGGUUUCUAGUGGCAGGAUGGGUACUGAUCCAAUUAUUUGUGAACCCAUUCCAUCGCAUGUUCUCGCUAGAUAACAGAGCUAUUCAAUACCCAUUCGCUGUCCACGAACGAGUUCCUGUUUUAUGGUCCAUCGUAUUCGCUGGCUUGAUUCCUUUCCUCAUUAUCCUCGCUUGGUCCGCAAUGUUUCGGGCCGGGGUGCAAAAGACACAAGUGACAGUACUCGGCCUGUUUGUGGCUUUGAUGUUGACCUCGUUCUUGACGGAUAUAAUUAAGAAUGCGGUGGGAAGACCACGUCCUGAUCUUUUGUCGCGCUGCAAACCUUCCCGGGGGACAUCAAACAAUGUGUUGGUCGCAUGGACUGUCUGUACAGAAUCCAACCAGCACAUUUUACAAGAGGGCUGGCGAAGUUUCCCCAGCGGGCAUAGCAGCUUCUCAUUUGGUGGCCUGGGCUAUCUAUAUCUCUUCUUGUGUGGUCAAAUGCACGUCUUCCGACCUCGCACCGAUCUUGGGCGCUGUUUACUCGCAUUCUUCCCAUUGCUGUGUGCUUUGAUGGUCGCCAUUUCUCGUUUGGCUGAUUAUCGACAUGAUGUAUAUGAUGUGACGUGCGGCGGGCUUUUGGGCAUGCUGAUAGCCUGGUUCUCGUAUCGCCGCUACUACCCACCACUGCGGUCGGUCCUAUGUGAUGUUCCCUAUGAUAAAGCCGAUCUUGCUGGACCGGACGGCUUUGCUAAGUUGAAUGACGAAGAGGCUCUCGUGAGCCCUUUCAAUUCACGGGCUGGUCCUUCGUUGGAGGAAAGCUAUCAGCUCCAAGACAUAGAGGCAUCCAGAACCUAG